UAUGUAAAUGAUCAUGAAUUGUAGGAAGGUUUUCCACUCAAUAAUACAAAGUGCGUAGAAUCUACAUAGUAGAUUAAGCCCAUUCAAUGAUUACAACAACCACACAUGUCAACAUAUAAUAUUCAACCUGACUAUUUUCUUAGCUUUCAAAUCCUAUUAUCCUCCUUGAUUUUCGCUAUCAGUGGAUGAAACCUCAAGUUUCCAACUUGGUUCCGGUUGAUGAAAUAUGAGCUGUUCAGAUCACGCGUAGUGCUCUAACACUUUAUAUUUCUCUGUCCUGAAACUCCCCUCCCGCCUCUUGAUCUCCACUUCUAUGUGGGUUUUGGAGACAAAGCUUGUAGUUGGAAAUAUGGCUAAGAAUGGUGAAGACCCUCCAGCAUCCGCAGGAAUUCUAGAGAACGUGUGGGCGAGCUUUAUUGGUGGGGAUGGAGCAUGUGGGGGAUCAAGAUUAUAUACAGCAGAAAUGUCCAGAUCCUGGGAAGAACUACCUUGUUUUGGUGGGAAAGAAGUCUCGAUGGAAACUAAUCUACCGAGUCUAGGAAGAUGGAUAUCAAUGGGAGCCGAGGCCUGGGAAGAGCUCCUCCACGGUGUUAUCCCUGCAAGCGAUAUGGAACUGUCCUGUAACGAGAAUUUACAGAGCAAUGGUGACCAGAGUUCGUGCUUACAGAAGACUAAUGCCAGAGCAGAAAAAGUGGUUGCACGCCACUAUCGGGGAGUAAGGAGGCGGCCCUGGGGGAAGUAUGCUGCGGAGAUUAGAGACUCUUCAAGAAAAGGAGCUCGACUUUGGCUUGGAACUUUUGACACUGCAGAAGAAGCAGCUUUGGCCUAUGACAAGGCGGCUUUGAGAAUUCGAGGGCGCAAGGCAUUUCUUAACUUCCCACUUGAGACGGUUGCUAACCCUUCAGGACUUGAUAACUCUGGAAAUGAUGUGAACUGUCCUUCCUUAAAGAAUCAAGGAGAGAACCCAGAUUGCACCUUUCUUGGGUGCAAUACGGAGAAAGUCUGCAACCCUCGAAAGAGGGCAUUGAGAGAGUGGGAAGAAGAUAUUGACAUGACGAUUGAACAACCCUCGUUGAAGAAAACAACGGGCAUGGAAAAGAUACCUGGGAAUGAAUUUGGUGUUCUUGAGUUUCAGGACCUAGGGAGUGAUUACUUGGACAGUUUGCUGUCUUCUUUUUGACAAAAUGCUGGAUGAGAUAUGCACAGACAAUUCUAGGAGAAAGGAAAGAUUAAUCUGAGUUACUAAUAUGUUUGUAGAACACUCGUAUAUGCAUCUAGAUGACAUUGUUUGCAGGA